AGUGACUUUUUUGGACAGCGACCCCCAUCAAUUUCUACAGAUUUUGAGGAGAGGAGGAGAGGCGAGGAGGAGGCGAGUAGGAGGCGGAGGAGAGGAGGAGGCGAAGGAGAGGAGGAGGCGGAGGAGGAGAGGAGGAGAGGCGAGGAGGAGGCGAGGAGGAGGCGGAGGAGAGGAGGAGGCGGAGGAGGAGGAGAAGAGGCGGAGGAGGAGGAGAGGCGAGGAGGAGGAGAGGCGAGGAGGAGGAGGCGGCGAGGAAGAGAAGAAAAGACGAGGCGAUACCAUGAGGAAGAGGAAGAGAGAACUGACAGCCCUUUAUGAGGAGGAGUGUUCAGCAUCUGCCACCCAGGAGGAGUCGGAGAAGACGGAGGACCAGCCAAAGGAGGAGACGGACGGCGAGCCAAAGAAGAAGAGGGAGCAGACGGACAACAACCGCAGGGAGACCACUGAUGACGCCAUCCUACAGCCGGAGGAACAAGCCGCUUUUUACAGACUCCUGGAUGAAGGACACAUCCAGCUAUUUCUAGGCAGGGACAGCUGCUAUAAGAUCGCGGACAAGUAUCUCCUGGCCAUGGUCCUCAUCUACUUCCGAAGAGCCAACCUGCGUACGGAGGAAUAUAACACCUACUUCUUUCCAGCGCUGUUUCUUGCCAACCAGUUUGAAGAGGAUGAGAUGUUUCGACGCGAGAUCUACCCCUGGGCCCUUGGACCGAUGUGGACGGCGAUGAAGACCUGGAUGCUACACCUGCGGAACCUGCUGCUCCUCCGGAUGAGAUUCCACGCUUGGGUGACCAGAGACACCUGUGAUCGGAUCAUGGCACAAGACCCCGAGUACUGGGCAUGGAAGAGAGAGCGUAAGGAACAUCACGGCUGGGCCAUACGCUGGUACCGGAGGGAUCCUGGAGAAUACAUCCCGAGAGGCCCAUGGUGGAUCCCUCCCGCCUGCUCCAUCUGUAUCACCGAUCUGCAGCCUUGUGCCGGGGAAGAGAACACCAAGCGAAGAAGGACGAAGAAAGAAGAACAGAACGGAUGAAGACCAAGCCGCCCUAGAUGUAUUCUUAAGGUCACGUUCCCACUUGGCAUAUACGUAGCGUAUUUGACGCUGCGCAAAGUCUGCAGAAGCAGCGGGAAA